UGAAGAUGGAAAGCAAAAGGAACCAAAAAAAUGAAAAAGAAGACUGUGAGGAUGAGAGUGAUUGGGCGGUUCCCCUGAGGCGAUUUUAUGUCGUCUCUUCCCAUUCUUCACUGUCUCUCUUAUUAGUCCCCAAGAAAAAAACAAUUAUUCUCCGAUCUGUUACCUCCGGCGACUGUCUCUCACUCUGUUUUCGACUUCAGAUAGGUUCAUUCUUGGUUCUGCCGUUUUCUUUUGACAUCAUUUGUAGAGGCUAUGCCACAUAGUCUUGGGUUUAGUUAGGAACCUUGUUGAAAGUAGAUAGGAGGAAUGGCUCUAGUAUUCCGUUUACAUUGUGAGACAAGUUGCUCCUUGGGCUAUCAGAUUUCAGCUCUGUGGGUCCUGUUUUGUUAAAUGCCACUUAAGCUUUUUUUUUUUUUCUUUUUUUCUUUGUGUGAUGGAGAGAGAGCAGACGAGGGAGCUUAGAAAAGUCAUAAAACUUUGCUCUUGUCCUUUUUGCUGGUCUGGGUGAAACAUAGAAAGUUCUUCUCUUGCUGAAACUAAUGGUCUUUGAGAGUGAAAAACGUUGAUGAGCUGUGUCUGGUCCUUGAAACUCACACGUUUUCUUCUUCUUUCUUGUGGUAUAUUGAUAGUUGAAGGGAGGGGGUCCUCUAUAAAGGUAGCUGAGAGAUUCAGCUUUCUCUCAUUUUCUUUUUCCCUUUCCUUUACUAUCUCUAGUUUCUGCAGGAGGCUCUGGUGUUGAUAGGUCUAUGAAAUCAACCCAUGGACUGCAACAUGGUAUCAUCUCCGUUGUGUGACUGGGAACAUUUGAUCAUGCCCAACCUGUCAAGGACUGAAAGUGACAAAAAACAGCCAUCUGAUUGGGAUAUUGAGAAUGGUGAAGGGAUUGAAUCUAUAUUUCCCUGUUUUGCCACCACCACCACCACCGGUUUCUUACACACUCCUGUAUCAAAAAGCUCACAGUUGACCUCCACCAACUCAUCAUCUCCCAAAGUCACAAGUUCCCGUGGAGAUUUUGACCAAGUCAAGGCUCUCGAGGUACCUGCUGAAUCAGGAGACCUUUGUUUAAAACUAGGGAAACGGAGUUACUCUGAUGAAGAGUUUUGGGGAGGUAGAAACAACAACAAUAAUAAUGACAUUUCAGCCGUUUCUGUGAAGCUCUUGACUCGGAAGAAAUCAAAAGCGUCGUGUGGUCAGAGCAUGCAAGUCCCUCGUUGUCAGAUUGAUGGUUGCCAACUUGAUCUUUCCUCUGCUAAGGAUUAUCAUCGUAAGCAUAGAGUCUGCGAAAACCAUUCAAAGUGCCCUCUAGUUACUGUUGGUGGCAUGGAACGUCGAUUCUGCCAACAGUGUAGCAGGCUGCAUGCCGUCUCUGAAUUUGAUGAGAAGAAACGUAGCUGCCGCAAACGUCUUUCGCAUCAUAAUGCUAGGCGUCGCAAGCCACAAGGAGUGUUUCCUUUGCAUCCACAGAGGGUGUACAAUCCAAGGCAGCAUACGAAUAUGUUGUGGAAUGAGUUGUCCCUUAACACAAGAUCUCAAGAAGAAAAGUACGCAUGGGGUACUACCACUUAUGAUACAAAGACAGAAAGUGGUUUUACUCUCAACUUCCAGAGAGGUGAUGGCGCUGAGGAGCAGAUGUUUGCUAGUAGCAACCUCUCUUUCUCUGGCGGGUUCUCAGCAGGGAAGUCCAACUUUCUUCAACUCCCUGGCAAAGGUGUAGGAGAAUACUCAGGAGGCCUCCAUGAAACGCAAGAUUUCUACAGUGCUCUCUCUCUUCUGUCAACGGAUUCACAUGGUGGUACUAAACACCAUCCCAUGGUUGAAUCACAGCCAAUACAUGGCACUUUCCCUUACUCAUUUCAUAUGAAUUGAGUUUAGGGAAUGCGAAGUCACUCCAUUACAAGUCAGGUUGCGGUCUGUUGGGAGUUUCUUUUCGAAUAAAAUUAUAAAUCAUGUAACUUUCAUUGUUCUAGCUAAACCGGUACUUUCUCAGACAUGUCUAGUGUUUGUUUCAUAAACAUAUAUCAACUGUUUUCAUUAA